CAGGCCCCUUUUUCUCUAGUCUCUAUAUCUCUAUAGUCCAUAUUAAUAUAAAAGGAGGGCUUUGUUUGAAGACUUAGCAGAAGAAGAAGAAAGCUGAACAGGAAUUGAAGAAGGGCUAGCGGAGAAGAGAGAAAGAUCGAAACUUCCUUUUUCCAUAUAUGGAGAUUGCUUCGGAGAGAUCUGGUGAUGGAUCUAGCGGACUCAAGGAAGAAAAUAGUGUUGGUGAUGAUGAUGGUCGUCAUAAACAAGAGAUUAUUGUCGAGGAACCACUCGUGGCUAAUACCGAAAGAUCCAUACUAGAGGCUGGACCUAGCACAUCCCCAAACAAAAAGGAAGACGAGGUUGAUGAUCAGCUUGAGACUGCUAAAGCUGAAAUGGGUGUGGUGAGAGAAGAAAAUCAACGGCUAAAGAUGUGUUUGAACAAAAUAAUGAAUGAAUAUCGGACACUAGAGAUGCAAUUUCAAGAUAUACUAAAGCAACAAGGGACAAAAAAGAACGUUGAUAAAGGAAAGGCUGAUAGCCAUGAAGAAAUAUUAGAGGAAUCGGAUCUUGUUUCCCUCUGCCUUGGAAGAGUUCCUACCAUUAAUGCAAGAAGUGAUGAGAAAAUCAAAGUUUCUAAUAAGCCAUUGAAGGAUGAUGAAGGGUUUAAUAACGAAGAGUUGACUCUUGGACUAGAGUGCAAAUUUGAAACAUCAAAGUCAGGAAGCACGACUGAAGCUUUGCCUAAUAAUAUUCCAAGCCCAGAAAAUAGUUGUGAAGUACCAAAGGAAGAAGGUGGGGAGAGUAAGGAGGCACUCAAGACUAUGAGAGACAGUACAGAGGAUGAAGUUGCUCAGCAAAAUCCUACAAAGAAACCUCGAGUUUGUGUUAGAGCAAGAUGUGACACUCCAACAAUGAAUGACGGAUGCCAAUGGAGGAAAUAUGGACAAAAGAUUUCAAAGGGGAAUCCUUGCCCUCGAGCUUACUAUCGUUGCACAAUUGCACCGUCAUGCCCAGUUAGAAAACAGGUGCAAAGAUGUGCUGAUGACAAGUCGAUUUUAAUCACCACCUACGAAGGGACCCACAACCACUCUCUUCCACCAACAGCCACUGCCAUGGCAUCCACAACUUCCGCAGCUGCCUCCAUGCUCUUGUCUGGUUCAUCAACCUCUAACUCUAACUCCGCCUCAAUACCUUCAGCAACCCCCACAAAUCUCCACGGCCUCAACUUCUAUCUCUCUGAAGGUUCAAAGCCAAGACAACUAUACCUAUCCAACCCUGCACUAUCGUCUUCACCUUCACAUCCAACCAUAACUCUAGACCUCACUACUUCACACCCUGCAGCAUCUUCCUCCUCAUCAUCACCCUUUUUCAGAUUCAAUUCAAACUACAACAACAACAACCAACCCAGAUACCCUUCUUCCUCAUCAAGCCUAAGCUUCAGUAGUAAUAAUUCCUCCCAAAUUGCCAAUGCUAUAUCUUGGAGCAACGGCUUCUUAAACCACAAUAAUAGGGACAUCCUUAGUAGUGUGAACUUUGGAAGACAACAACAAAUGGAGAACGUGUACCAAUCCUACAUGCAAAAGAACAACAGCAACAACAACAACAACAACACAAGCCUUGUUCCUCAAGCUGAUACUAUCUCUGCAGCAACGAAAGUGAUCACAGCGGACCCCACUUUUCAGUCAGCUUUGGCAGCAGCACUUUCUUCGUUUAUUGGUGGCGGUGGUGUUGGAAACACGCGAGGAAGUCAAGGUUGUAAUUUCGGAGAAAGUUUGAGUUUGGGUCAGAAAAUGAAAUGGGGUGAGGUGUUUCCAGUGUCGGAGAAAGGUUGUGCAUCGAGCUUCGUGAACAAAACGCCGGUAGCGAAUACACAGACGGAAAGUUUGAUGUUUCUGCCGCCGUCGUCUUUGCCGUUUUCUUCUACCACCAAAAGUGCAUCUGCAUCUCCUGCUGAUAAUAGCAACACCACCAUCAAUUGAUUGAAUGAUCAUAUUUCGAUCUAUAUAGCUAUCUAGUGACUUUGUUUUAAUUUUUUAAUUUUUUUUUUUGUUGGAUUGCAUUGAUGUAAUUAUAAUUAAGAUGCUAAGUAAAAUUUAGCAUAGACAGGUAAAUAAAGUAUGAACAUAGAUGUUUUUCCCUUGAUUUUGGGAUGAAA